UUGCUGUCCUAGUAAGGCACAUAAGAGGAUAAUGAGGCCUUCUGAUGCAGCUCUCCAGAAGAAGCAAGCUGAGCUUAAGAGUAGUGGGUGAGAGAUUUAUCUUACUUUUUACACUAUACUUUAGCCUGUUUCUCCACCCAUCCCUGUGAUUUUGUUGCUGUCUCCUGUGACUUCUCCUGCUCCCUUGUGCACCCAAGAAAGCCAUUUGUACAGGAAAUGGCUGCCCAGUAUAUCCAAUAUAAAGGCAUAAAGUUUCCUCCUGGAUAUAAUUCUGUGGAAAACCUUUCCUUUGCUGAGAAUGACUUUGAAGUGCGGGAUGAUGAUACCUUCAUCGUCACUUAUCCUAAGUCUGGAACAGUGUGGAUGAUUGAGAUCCUCAGCCUGAUCCUCAGUGGAGGUAACCCAGUCUGGAAUCAAAGUGUUCUCAAUUCCAGUCGUGCCCCCUGGUUCACCACCCAGCUGGGCCUGAAGGCAGCACAUAAACUCCCUUCUCCACGUCUGCUCACCUGCCACCUCCCCAUUCAGAUCUUCCCCAGAACUUUCUUCAGCUCCAAAGCCCAGGUGGUGUACACAUUGCGGGACCCCAGGGAUGUGCUUGUUUCCUACUAUCAUUUCUCCAAGAUGUGCCUGCCCUUUGAGAAUCCCAAAUCCUUCCACUGCUUCCUGGAGAGUUUCCUGAGCGGAGAUGUACCUUUUGGAUCCUGGUUCGACCAUGUCACAGGCUGGAUGAAGCUGAAAGGCAAAAGCAACCUCUUGUUCAUCAGCUAUGACGAGCUGAAGCAGGACCUAUAUGGCAUUGUGGAGCGCCUCUGCCAUUUCCUAGGGAAGAAUCUGGAUGAGGCAGCGAUAACCUCUGUGGUGGAAAACACCUCCUUUGAAGCCAUGAGAAGGAAUGACAUGUGCAACUCGACAAUGCUUCCCAAGGAGUUUAUGGACCAGGAGAAAGGGACCUUCCUGAGGAAGGGUGUCUGUGGAGACUGGAAGACUCAUUUCACAGUGGCACAGUCUGAGUACUUUGACAGGGUUUACCAGGAGAAGAUGCUGGGCCUGAAAGGAAUAUUCCCCUGGGAACAAACUGGACCGGAGAACAACUCAGAAAGAGGUGUUAAUUUUUGAACUGAACAGCUCACUCCUGCCUGUCUGUUCCAAGAACCCCCUUUCCUGAAUUCUAAAUUAGUAGAGGUGUUGUAUCAUAGUCACUCAGAGGAGAGACAAAAGGCUAUUUGCAUGUGCUUGGAGGUACGCAUAGUAUUAUAACUUCACAUGUUUCAGGAUGCUGGAUGUGAAGUCAUGUUACACUGCAGGGCGCAUGGUGGCACAUGAUGCAUCAUGUGAAGGCAUACACUGCAGAUAUCUUGCUGAAGCAAAGAUAUGUGGGAGUCAGCAAGGGAAGUCUGUAUAGGCUGUCUUGCGUUCCACCAAAGAAAAUUGGGAUCUAAUAAACGUGUUUCUUUGUAAAAUUAAUGUUAUUAAGGCAAGCAAUUAACAGCAAGUGAAAAUAAGAAUGCAACACAAAUCCAAAGUACAAUAUAAAUAGGAUUAACUAUUCCUCUUAGAGGAAAGAGGAAUUUGCUUUGCUUUGCUGAGGAAAAACAAGAGAGGCUGUUUUAAAAACAACAACAGUUGUGGCUACAGACAAUCACAACAGAGACUGCAUUUGACAAUCACCCAUGUGUGGUUUUUAGAAAUAUAUUAUUCCAGUAUGUUAAUGGAAAACAUUAAGCUAUCCCACAAAAUGAAGGAAGGUUGGAUGGGGAAAAAGCAGAGGCCUAGAAGAGUGUAUAGUGGGGGGCAGUGGGGAAAGGUGUUUAAGGGUGGAGUUGAGGAAUGGGGGAGCCAAUGAAAAGUAGAAGCUGGGGAAACCUUCACGCAGGGCCUAGGUAAAGGAGGGCUGCAUGCCAUUGGCAGGAAAUGAAUGGUCAGGCAAGGCAGAUUGGGGGCCCAGGGGUCUGAUGUGGGUUGGUGCGAAGCUGACUUUGACAUUUUGAUUUGAGCUGAUCAGCUGCCUUUUCUAACAAUCGGUUAAUUGUUUUUGUUCGUUUGGCUGCAAAUCUGGAACCUGAUGAAAGCGAAGUCAUUUGAUUUCCCUCACCCCACCCCCAAAAAUAUAAUCAGCCAGUUUUGGGGGUAUAAAAAUCUCUGUCCCAUCCUGCCCUCCUUUCCUUUCAGGCUUAACUCGUCUGGAACUGAAAUGCCUGGAAAGUUUUGGUUUUCUGUGCUGUUUUUUAAAAAAAGUUUUUCCUGGAAUCUAAACAGGGUCUGAAAGGAAAACCUUGAAGAAAGUAGCCCCUCCCACUACCUAGCAUAUGCUGAUACAAUGUCCUUCUGUGUGUGUGUGUGUGUGUGUGUGUGCCCCCCCCCCCCCCCGCCAAAUCCCACAUCCCCAGAGUAUGAGGGUUGGUUGUAGUUACACAUUUGCAAGGGAAGCAUUUAUUAUACUGAUAUACAAUAUUUUAAAAGUGGUGGUUAAAAAGUUUUAAAACAGUGCAGGAGAAGAAUCCACUUACACACACUUUCAAUAUGUGCUAAAAGGUGAAUUUAUUCACAUUAACGGGUUCUUACCCACGUGAAUAUUAGUGGAUUAUAUCUGAUACUAAGUUUUUACAUGGUUUUACUGUGUGUAUAUAUAUGUGUGUGUGUGCAUUUUUAAUAUUUUUAAUUGUUGUAAACCGCCCAGAGUGCUUCGGCUCUGAGGCGGUAUAUAAAUGUAAUAAAUAAAUAAAUAAAUAAAAUCUACAAUGGUUGUAAA